AUGGCUAAACAGAAGAGUCCCCUUGACGUGGUUAUAAUUGGUGCCGGGCUCGCCGGACUUUUAACCGCACGAGUACUACGCGAAAAGCAUAACGUCAAAGUAUACGAGCGGUCAUCUACACCAAUCGAGGUCGGUGCCGCUAUUAAUGUCGGUCCAAAUGGUGUUCGGAUCCUCGACACUCUUGGUUUCGACCGUUCAAAAGCUGGAUCGCUUCCUGUUGGGGCUACCAAGGUCUUCACCAAGGACGGCCAUCUGCAAUUGGAUGAGAAAAAUAGUUAUGUGGAGAAAUACGGCGCUGACUGGCUUUUUCAACAUCGGGCGGAUCUCAGAGGCGAGUUUCUGCGGUUGGCGACUGAAGAUACUGCCAUUUCUGGAAUACCAGGGAGACCGGCUGAGGUGCUUUGGGAUCAGAAGGUCAUCGAUAUCGAUCCAGAAGAGGGUCGUAUCACACUUUCAUCGGCUGCGGAUGGCAUCAAGUCCAUGGUGAGGCCUUAUGUAGUUGGUGAUGCUGCGUUCCAGACAGCGAGGCCAUCUGGCCUAUCAGCCUUUCGUUUCACGCUGGAGCUUGACGACAUCAAAGCAGCUCUCAAGGAACUACCAGACAUUCUACAAGCUGAUCAGCCUACAUGCUUGUCUAUGGUGUACUCUUUUGACAGCACCAUGCGAUCUGUUGUCAUGUAUCCCUGCCGGAACUUUGAGCUUUUCAACUUUGUGUGUAUUGUUCCAGAUAGCAGCCUCAAGGAGAAGACAACAGAAUCUUGGACGGCCUCUGGAGAUAAGGAAGAGCUCAUGUCACUAUUCUCAGACUUUCCCUCUUGGGUGCACGAUUAUUUCCGAAUCGUAAAGAAUAUCAAACUCUGGCAGCUUCGAGACCAGGACCCGUUACCAACUUACAUUCGCGGCCGGACGGUUCUGAUUGGCGAUGCGGCCCAUGCCAUGACGCCUCACCAAGGACAGGGCGGAACACAGGCUGUUGAAGACGCAGAGGGCUUCAGACUGUUUCUCCAGAAUCGUAUUACUAGAGAGCAUGUUCCUGAGCUGUUGAAAGACUUUGAUUCCGUCCGCAGACCACGUGCAAGCCAGAUCCAGAACAAUACCAGAAAGGCCAAGAACAAAAGGACUGCGGAGGAGGUUUAUAUGUUUGAGAAGAUAAACUGGACCUACGGUGGAAUCAUGGAAGAGCUAAAGGCUGUCAAAGAAAGGGGCAGCAACUACACAAAGAAGUCUGAGUCCGCUGGGACUAUCAAGGCACUGUAG